CCUGCAACGAUUUGCAUAGGAGGUUGAAUCUUAUUGCUGAAGAACUUGCACUAACAGAUACUGAAAAAAAAAUUAGUCUAGAUCUUAUAUCACCAUCAACAUGUCUGGAGCUAAAAUUUUCUUAUGUGGGGCUGUGGUUGCUGUAUUAUCUUGUUUCUUUGUGCAAUUUGCUGGAGCACAGAUCACUGAUCCAUCAGAAGUUACUGCUUUGAAGGCUAUCAGGAAUAGUUUAAUUGAUCCUUUCAAUGAACUCAAGAAUUGGGACAGUGGAGAUCCAUGCACAUCAGAAUGGACAGGGAUUACUUGUUACAACUCUACACUAAGUGAUGGGUACCUGCAUGUACAAGAAUUGCAGCUUUUGAAAAGGAAUCUGUCUGGAAAUUUAUCUCCUGAGCUUGGUCAGUUAUCUUAUAUGAAAAUAUUGGAUUUUAUGUGGAAUAAGAUAAAUGGCAGUAUCCCGAAGGAGAUAGGCAAUAUUACUGCUCUGGAACUUCUGCUUGUGAAUGGUAAUCAGCUUUCUGGGCCUUUACCUGAAGAGUUAGGCUACCUUCCAAACUUAAAUAGAAUACAGAUAGACCAGAAUCACAUAUCAGGGCCUGUACCAAAAUCAUUUGCAAAUUUGAACAAAACAAAGCAUUUCCACAUGAACAACAACUCCAUCAGCGGGCAAAUUCCAAGUGAGCUGUCCAGAUUACCAGAACUUCUUCACCUUCUUCUGGACAACAACAACUUAACUGGCUCUCUUCCUCCAGAAUUGUCGAGGUUUCCGAAACUUCUCAUCCUUCAAUUAGAUAAUAAUAACUUUUCUGGGAGUUCAAUUCCAGCUUCUUAUGGCAACAUGGCUCAACUUUUAAAGUUGAGUCUUCGGAACUGCAGUUUACAAGGAGCUGUUCCUGAUCUAAGUCGAAUACAGCAACUUGGCUACUUAGAUCUUAGCCAGAACCGGUUGACGGGAUCUAUACCAUCUAGUAGACUUUCUGACAAUAUUACUACCAUAGACCUGUCAAACAACCUUCUUAGUGGAUCCAUUCCUUCGAGCUUUUCCGACCUCCCUCAUCUCCAGAGAUUGUCCCUUGAAAACAACAAACUAAAUGGUUCUGUUCCAUCCACUAUUUGGGAGAAUGUAACUUUAACUGGAAAUGAAAGUCUCAUAUUGGAUUUCCAGAAUAAUAGUCUUGCAAAUAUAACAAGUGCCCUUAACCCUCCAGCAAAUGUCACCCUCUUGCUAUAUGGGAAUCCUGUAUGUGCAAAUGCAAACCAACUCAACAUAGUCGAGUUCUGUCAGCCUCAGAUUGUACAAGCUCCUGGAGGCUCAACAAACUCCAAAAUAAGCUGUCCUCCAUGCCCUACAGAUUUAGAUUAUGAAAAUAAUCCAUUAUAUCCUAUACCAUGUUUUUGUUCUGUCCCACUUGCGCUUGGAUAUCGGCUAAAAAGCCCAGGGUUCUCAGAUUUCCGGCCAUACGAACAUAGUUUUGAGGAAUACUUAACAAGUGGUCUUCUGUUGUAUCUUUAUCAGUUGGAAAUUGUUUCAUUUUUGUGGGAAGAAGGUCCAAGGCUACGUAUGUACCUGAAGUUAUUUCCCAAUGCAACUUUAUUUAAUGCAAGUGAGGUCAGACGAAUACAAGACAUGUUUACAGGAUGGCUGAUUCCAGAUUCAGAUAUUUUUGGACCAUAUGAACUACUUAAUUUCACUCUUGGAUCUUAUGGACCUGUGAUAUCAAAUGCUUCAAGAUCCGGGUUAGGCACGGGUGCCAUGGUUGGCAUUGUGUUAGGAGCAGUUGCUGGUGCAGCUACUCUAUCAGCAGUUAUAACAAUGCUUAUAUUGAGGAGGCACUCUAAAUAUCGUCUGGUUCCCAAAAAGCGAACAUUGUCAAGAAUUCCAGUUAAGAUUGAUGGUGUGAAGGACUUUACUUUUGAAGAAAUGGCACUGGCAACAAACAAUUUCAGCAGCUCCACUCAAGUUGGCCAGGGAGGAUAUGGAAAGGUCUACAGAGGCGUUUUAGCUGAUGGAACAGUAGUAGCCAUAAAACGUGCACAACAGGGAUCUCUGCAGGGUUCAAAAGAGUUUUUCACAGAGAUAGAGUUGUUGUCAAGGUUGCACCAUAGAAACCUGGUUUCUUUGAUUGGUUAUUGUGAUGAAGAAGAUGAACAGAUGUUGGUAUAUGAAUUCAUGGCAAAUGGUAGUCUUCGCGAUCACUUAUCUGCUAGAUGUAAGGAGCCUUUAAAGUUUUCUAUGAGGUUGCGCAUUGCAUUGGGUUCUGCCAGGGGCAUUCUCUACCUUCAUACAGAAGCAGAUCCUCCUAUAUUCCACAGAGACAUCAAAGCCACCAACAUCUUGUUGGACUCCAAAUUUAUUGCCAAGGUUGCUGAUUUUGGACUCUCACGUCUUGCCCCCGUCCCAGACACUGAAGGAACUGUACCUGCUCAUGUUUCUACAGUAGUGAAGGGCACCCCGGGCUAUCUUGAUCCAGAAUACUUCCUAACUCAUAAGCUGACAGACAAAAGUGAUGUGUAUAGCCUUGGAGUUGUGUUUUUAGAGCUGCUGACAGGGAUGCAUCCUAUAUCUCACGGUAAAAAUAUAGUUCGAGAGGUAACCACUGCCUAUCAGUCCGGAAUGAUGUUUUCGGUCAUUGACAGCCUCAUGGGCUCAUAUCCAUCUGAAUGCAUUGAGAAGUUUGUAUCAUUGGCACUUAGAUGUUGCCAAGACGAGACAGAUGCGAGACCUUCAAUGGCCGAGGUAUUCAGGGAAGUGGAGAAUAUAUGGAGAAUGACACCAGAAGUUGAUGUCACACCAUCAGAAUCCACGGCCACUGAUGCUGGUAAAACAGUGACACCUCCUUCAUCAUCAUUGGCUGCUGGGAAUCCUUAUGUGUCAUCCGAUGUUUCUGGAAGUAACCUUCUUAGUGGUGCAAUCCCGACCAUAACCCCUCGUUGAUGGAUAGGUAAAGUUCUGCUGGAGUAUCCAGGGAUGUAACUCUGAAAGAUGAACCGAUCUUGUCUUUCUUCUGUUUUGUCUGCCUUCUUUUCUUUCCCUUUUGAUGUGUGUAUACAUAUACAAAUACAUACGUACAUACACAUACAUUUGUUACGUGUAAUUUGAUGUCAUUUCAUAUUGUAAAGUAAUACAACUUAAUCCGAUCAAAUGACAGUUGAAUCGAUGAAAAUUUUGGC